AUGGAAGAAAAGCUUCCUCCAGGGUUCCGAUUUCAUCCUACAGACGAGGAGCUCAUAACGCAUUAUCUUUGUCGGAAAGUCUCCGAUACUGGAUUCACCGGUAAAGCGGUCGUCGACGUUGAUCUUAACAAGUGUGAACCUUGGGAUUUACCAGCCAAGGCUUCAAUGGGAGAGAAAGAGUGGUACUUCUUCAGUCUAAGAGACCGGAAAUACCCAACCGGUUUAAGAACAAACCGAGCAACUGAAGCCGGUUAUUGGAAAACCACUGGUAAAGAUAAAGAGAUAUACCGAAGUGGAGUGCUGGUUGGAAUGAAGAAAACCCUAGUUUUCUACAAAGGAAGGGCUCCAAAGGGUGAGAAAAGCAAUUGGGUUAUGCAUGAGUUUAGGCUUGAGAACAAACAACCCUUCAAACCGUCUAAGGAGGAAUGGGUAGUGUGUAGGAUUUUUCAAAAGAGUACAGUGGCAAAGAAACCACAAGAACAACAACCUCAAUCUUUUGGAUCACCAUGCGAUGCAGACUCAUCAAUGGCAAAUGAAUUUGAAGAUAUCGAGCUUCCAAAUCUGAAUUCAAACACAUCAAGCAUCGAUUGCAACCAUAUUCAUCAAUACUCGCAAAACGGUGUUUACUCACAAGACAAUACUAUAAGUACGGCUGGUCUCAACAUGAACAUGGCUACUAAUAUCCCCUCUUGGACAACAAGUCUACUUGGUCCGUCUUUAUCUCCAAUCAACUCUUUGCUGCUCAAGGCUUUCCAACUUAGGAACUCUUAUAGUUUCACCGAUAUCAAUCCUUCUACUCUUCAGCAAGGAGUCUCCAAUGUUAUGCAAAAUGGCUCAAGUUCUUCUCAACCCCAACCGCAUGAGGAAGCUUUUAAUAUGGACUCCAUGUGGUAA